UAUAGUCAAUGGUAUGACAUGCCUGAUUUCUCCUCUCCCGGCUUCCGUAGUAAAACAAUGCAGUUUCACAGCUACGGAAAGUGUCUGUGGACAUUUUUGUGUUUUGAGUAAAGAAUAGCUGCCUGUUCGUCCCGACAGAAACAUGGCAGCACAUUUAAAGAAGCGAGUGUACGAGGAAUUUUCUAAAGUUGUUCAGAUUCCUCAUGAAGAAGCUCCGGCCAAGAAGCUGCGUCUGUCCAAACCCAGCAAGUCCGCGGCGCUGCACAUCGACCUCUGCAAAGCCACCAACUCCACCGACGCGCUGCAGUACCUGCUGCAGUUCGCACGCAAGCCCGUGGAGGCGGAGAGCGUGGAGGGCGUGAUCCGGAUCCUGCUCGAGCAUUACUACAAGGAGAACGAUAACUCUGUGAGGCUGAAGAUCGCUUCUCUGCUCGGCCUGCUGUCCAAAACUCGAGGCUUCAGCCCGGACUGCAUCUUUGACGACGCCAUCAACACCCUCAGCAACGAGAACUCCCAUCAAGUCCUGGCUCAGCUGCUGGACACUCUGCUGGUCAUCGGGACUCAACUGCCUGAGAGUCCUGCAGUCAGACUGAGGCUGACGGAGGUGGCCUACAAGCAUCUGUCUGAUACUCACUUUGGGGUGAGGAACAAGUGUCUGCAGCUGCUGGGGGGUCUGGGUGUGGUGGACGCUCCUCUGGGUAAAGACAGUGAGGGCCCCAGCUCGUCUUCAGCAGGAGCUGUGAGAGAAGUUCAGACCAUCAUCAGUGAUUACUUCUCAGACCAGGACCCCAGAGUCCGCACCGCAGCCCUGAAGGCCAUGCUGCAGCUUCACGAGAGAGGAAUGAAGAUCCAUCAGAUCAUCUAUGAGCAGGCCUGCAGACUGCUGUCAGACGAUUACGAGCAGGUCCGCUCUGCGGCGGUGCAGAUGGUUUGGGUUCUCAGUCAGCUCUACCCAGAAAGCAUCGUGCCCAUCCCGUCGUCCAAUGAGGAGAUCCGGUUGGUUGAUGAUGCGUUUGGGAAGAUCAGUCACAUGGUCAGUGACGGCUCCUGGAUGGUUCGGGUGCAGGCCGCCAAAACGCUGGGUUCGAUGCUGCAGGUCAGUCCUCACUUUCUGGAGCAAACUCUGGAUAAGAAGCUGAUGUCCGACCUCCGGAGAAAGAGAACGGCCCACGAACGGGCCAAAGAGCUUUUUGCUUCCGGGGAGUUCUCCUCUGGCAGGAAGUGGGCCGACGACGCCCCAAAGGAGAAGCUGGACACCAACACGGUCAGCCUGAUCGCCUCGGGGGCCUGCGGCGCCUUCGUUCACGGUCUGGAGGACGAGAUGUUCGAGGUGCGCAUCGCGGCGGUGGAGGCGCUGUGCCAGCUGGCUCGCUCCUCGCCCAGCUUUGCCGAAAAGUGCCUGGACUUCCUGGUGGACAUGUUCAACGACGAGAUCGAGGAGGUGAGGCUGCAGUCCAUCCACGUGCUGAGGGAGAUCUCCACCCACAUCACGCUCAGAGAGGACCAGCUGGACACCGUGCUCGCCGUCCUGGAGGAUUCAUCCAGAGACAUCAGAGAAGCUCUCCACGAGUUACUCUGCUACACCAACGUGUCCACCAAAGAGUGCAUCCAGCUGGCUCUGCUGGAGCUGCUGAAGAACCUCAACAAGUAUCCCACCGACCGCAACUCCGUCUGGAAGUGUUUGAAGUUUCUGGGCUCCCGUCACCCGACUCUGGUGCUGCCUCUGGUUCCUGAGCUGCUCAGCACUCAUCCGUACUUCGACACGCCGGAGCCGGACAUGGACGACCCGGCCUACAUUGCGGUUCUGGUUCUGGUUUUCAACGCUGCCAAGUCGUGUCCCACCAUGCCGGCGCUGUUCUCCGACCACACCUUCAGACACUACGCCUACCUGAGGGACAGCCUGUCCCACCUGGUCCCUCCACUCAGGCUGCCAGGCAGGAAGCAGGUCUACAGUCUGGACUCUGUGGACUCGGGUGCUGGUUCUGGUUCUGUGGAGUCGGCCCAAGUCUUCCUCCAGCAGAGCCUUCACCGGGUCAGCACCAUCCAGAACCUGGAGACUCCUGGAGCUCAGGACCUGCUGGACUUCACCAUACGAGACCUGCAGCGGCUCGGCGAGCUGCAGACUGAACUCGCUGGAGCUGCUGAUUUCUGCGCCACGUUCCUGCGCUGCCAGCUGCUGCUCAUGAAGGCUCUGCAGGACAAGCUGUGGAACACGGCCGUCCCGCUGUGCCUCAAACAGAACGUCACGGCCACGGCUGCAGCUCAGCAGAUCGUGGAGGAAACCUACAAACUGGAGUUCCUCUACAGCGGUCUGGAGAGCCGGCAGGUGGCCACCAUCCACCACGUCCGGCUGCAGGCCAAAGCUCUGCAGCUCAUCCUGACUGCUCGCACCAGACAAGGGUCUGCGCAGCCGCCGCACACACACACAAACACGCACACAGUCAUCACAAGAGGAAUCAAACCGCUCUCCUCCUUCCUCAGAGUGGAUCCUCUGGUCAGCAGCGAGAAGUUUCUGCAGGAAGUGGAGUCUUUUCAGAGGCAGUUCUUGUCGGAGCUUCCUCACCUUCAGGACAGCUUUGUGGAGAAGCUGCUGGAGCUGAUGCCGCGCCUGUCGUCCUGCAAGCCGGUGGAGCUGGUGAAGAUCCUGCAGGCCACGCUGAGGCAGAGCGGCCUGCCGCAGCUGCGCCUGCCGGAACGGGUCCACAGAGCCACGGCCACCAUCCUCGAGCCCACCGGGGAGUCGGACAACCCGCUGCGGUUCACCACGGGCCUCGUGCUGGCGCUGGAUAUCGACGCCACGCUGGAGCACGUCCAGAACCCGCAGAACACGGUGAAAGUGCAGGUUCUGUAUCCAGACGGUCAGAGUCAUGUGAUCCACCCCAAACCUGCCGACUUCAGGAAGCCCGGACCCGACCGGCACCGACUCAUCACACAGGUGUACCUCUCUCACAGCGCCUGGACAGAACCCUCACAGAUCGAAGUGCGCCUCCUGCUGGCCUAUAGCUCCGCCUCCUCCUCCUUGCCCUCCAGAACCAAGCUGGGAUGGAGCGACAGCUUCGACGGGCUGCCGCCCCCGGAGCCCGCCGUGGAGGGAACCAUUCCCUUCAGCAAACCCGUUAAAGUCUACAUCAUGCCCAAACCUGCCCGGCGCUGACCAGAACCGACCCAACAGAACUUUCUGCUGUUUUCACUUGUAGAUAAUAAAGUAUUUUUACUGAGACGUGCAAAUGAA